CGACAUUUCUGGCAUUAAGGCACCAGGAUCAUUUCACUUCUGCAUCACUAGAAGGUCUUUCCCCACCACACAGGGGAAUCAUCCAUGCUAUGAAUGCCUUCGUGACUUUUGCAAAUGAAGCACGAGAACAAGGUCAAUUAGCUUCCAAUGCUCUCAAGUAUGCAUGUCAAAACUGGGCCAUCCAUCUUUCGCAUGCCCCCAAUCCAUGGGAUGCCACGCUCCACCAUAUAUUCCAGGCUUUCUGGAAUCGUCAUCUCCUCUCCUGGCUCGAAAUGCAGUGGUGUUUGAAGGGUCUGCGGCCUUGCCUCGUUAUUUUAUCUGAAGGGCUGAAACUCGCAAAGCCUAGAACCGUCCACCUGCAGCCCAAUCAAGUACCACCGGUCAUUGAUCCUCAACCCCAGAAGUCGACAAUCCAAGCAUUGGUACCCACUUCCACUUCCGAAAUGUCGACGAGGGAACUGUCAAGUCCCAUGCUUGCUGCUCCCACAGAACUUGUCGUGGCCGCACAUGCGGGGGUUGCUUCUGGGUCUCGCCUCAUCCAACUCACCUCGUGGCAUCCCCCCUCUACUCCGUCUCCUACACUACCAUUACCAGCUGUUAUGGUCCCUUCCCCGAAGCUCCAUACCGCUAUGUCUCAUACUGGCGCAUCCAAAAAGCGCAGGUCAGAUGAACUUCAGCUCGAUAGUGGUGGCGCAUGCGAAUCUGCCGUCCCUACCCCCACAAAACGCCCGAAACGAAUCAGGUAG